AUGAAGUUCGGAGAGCAGCUUCGCUCCAGCGUUAUUCACGAGUACCAGUGGUACUAUAUCGAUUACGAUGGUUUGAAGGACGAACUCAAAAGAUCCACCGGCCCUAUUAAGACCGCAGGCAAGGGCCCAGAAUGGUCGGAGGAUGACGAGACGCGCUUCGUCGGCAAGCUCGAGGCCGAGCUCGAGAAGGUUCACACAAAGCAAAAGGUAAAGGCGAUGGAAAUUGCCCGUCGUAUUGCUGUGAGCGAGCGCGAAGUAAAGGAAGUCGUGAGCCGCUUGAAUGAGCGUGGACUCGGCGAGAAUGGCCCAACUGAGGAGGAGUUUAUGCUGCUCGAAGAGGACCUCAGUGAUAUUAUUGCCGACGUCCACGAUCUUGCCAAGUUUGUUCAACUCAACUAUACCGGCUUUUACAAGAUCAUUAAGAAGCACGAUAAAACGACCGGUUGGCACCUGAAGCCUGUUUUCGAUAGCCGACUCAAGGCCAAGCCCUUUUACAUCGAGAACUACGAUGCCUCUGUCAUUAAGCUUUCUAAGCUCUACGACCUCGUCCGAACUCGCGGAAACCCCGUCAAGGGUGACAGUGCUGCUGGUGGAGGCCAGGCCAGCUUCAUCCGACAAACGACUAAAUACUGGGUUCAUCCUGACAACGUAACAGAACUGAAGCUCAUCAUCCUCAAGCACUUGCCAGUUCUUGUCUUCAACGCCAACAAGGAUUUCGACCCCCAAGACUCAGCCAUCACGUCGAUUUACUACGACAACCCCGAAACAUGGGAUUUGUAUGAGGGCCGACUGAAGAAGACCGAGGGUGCUGAGGCUAUUCGACUGCGAUGGUACGGAGGCAUGAAGACCGAGACGAUUUUCGUUGAGCGCAAGACGCAUCGUGAGGAUUGGACAGGUGAGAAGUCUGUAAAGGCUCGAUUCGCCAUGAAGGAGAAGAACGUCAACUCGUACAUGAAGGGAGAGCUCCUCCCCGGCGCCAUCUUUGAGAAGGCCCGUAAGGAAGGCAAGAAGCCUGAGAAGGCUAUUGCCGAGGAUGAGCGGCUAGCAUCUGAGGUCCAGUACUCGGUACUCAAGAAGGGCUACAAGCCUGUCUGCCGAUCGUUCUAUAACCGUACCGCAUUCCAGCUCCCUGCAGAUGCCCGAGUACGAAUUUCGCUUGAUACGGAGCUCACAAUGGUGCGCGAAGACAAUCUUGAUGGCCGAACUCGCUCUGGAGACAACUGGCGACGCAUGGAUAUCGGAAUCGAUUUCCCCUUCUCGCAGCUGCCUGCUGAAGAUGUUGAACGAUUCCCUUAUGCCGUUCUCGAGGUCAAGCUUCAAACACAAGCCGGCCAGGAACCUCCUGAGUGGGUUCGCCAGCUCAUCUCAUCACACCUGGUAGAGGCUGUUCCCAAGUUCUCCAAGUUCAUUCACGGUACAGCGACCUUGUUCCCCGACAGAAUUGAUCUCCUGCCUUUCUGGAUGCCCCAGAUGGAUGUCGAUAUCCGCAAGCCCGUCACCCACGAUUUUGGUAUUCGACGACCUGGAUUGUCAGGAACGACAAAUACAUCUGAUGAUGAGGAGGACUUGGACUCGGACGAUGAGGAGAUGCAGGCUUCAGGUCGCAACGGAACGAACGGAGAGUCGAGCACGCAAGGCGCCGGGCGACUCCGUGAGAUUCCUCCUAUUGACGUGGAAGACCAGAUGGCAAACCUUCCUGAGGCGAAUGAGGACUAUCCCAUUUAUGACUCGGACGACGAUUAUGACGAGAACUAUGAACUGGAGCACGCCAAGCGAAUCGGCGGAUGGCACUACUACUCGACUUUGAUUUCCACAAAGGGACGACGUCUGGGUAAAUCUCUUGGACACCACGCGGUUUCCGUCGUCAAGAGUGCUGUACCAGCACCUCGAAGCACGCAAGUGCCACGUAGCGACCGAUUGCAAGCUCUGUUUGGGUCGGAUCCCAUUCAGAAUAAGAAGUUUAAGGCGCCUCAUGGCAAGAAGAUCUACGUGCCUGUUCGUGUUGAGCCCAAGGUGUACUUUGCGGCUGAGAGAACAUUCCUUGGAUGGCUCGAGUUCUCUAUCUAUAUCGGUACAAUUGCUGUGACGCUGCUCAACUUCGGCAGCCAUCCUACACCAGCCCACUUUUGGGUAGCCGGCGUGUUUACUCUGCUGGCUAUUCUUAGUCUAUGUUAUUCUGUGCUUACAUACCUAUACCGAAGCAACGGCAUUCGAACACGCAAGGCUGUUAAGUUUUAUGACCGUUGGGGCCCGACCGCACUCUGCGUGUCUCUCUUCCUCGGAGUGGCAUUGAACUUUGCAUUCGAAGGCAAGGAAAGAAACAUCUGGUAA